GGUAAGAGGUGAGUCAUGAGGGUGACGUCACGCUUGGCAAAGUCGAAAGUGAGAGUGAGGAUGAGAGAGAUACAGAUUCAGAAAGAGAGAGAGUGAGUGAGUGUGCGUGAGUUGUGCAACAACCUGAAGUUUUCCGCUCCGCUCGUGAGCAUAACUCUGCGCUGACGGGAUCCCGCCUGCCAGUCCGGACCGGUCCCGCGCGCUCCCACCGCGUAUAAGAUGCGAGAGCGGACCAUCUUCCUGUGACGAGACCCCGGGAGCCAGAACCGCGCUCGCCUUCAGUGAACCAUGCUGGACAAACUGGGGACGCAGAGUUGUGACCUGCAGCUCAAACUGACGGCAGAUCCGGCCAGAGCCGCGGGGAAGAUGGAGCCCAGCACCGAGGACGCGCUGGUGCAGCUGAGCGGAGCCGCUUUAUCCCAGAGGAAACUUUUGGUGGCACUGGACUUACUUUGCCUUUGUCUCGCAUCCAUCCCUUUCUUUGCAUGUGAACUCAAGGCUGUGAGUCCUUACAGCAGGGGCUUCAUGUGUGGAGACCCCAGCAUCACGUACCCUUACCUGCACCGAGAGGCCAUAUCAGAUGAACUGCUCAUCCUUGGGGGGAUCAUCAUCACGGGCCUGACGAUCGCCUUCGGGGAAUGUUACCGCGUGCGCUUCCAAAGCGUCAGCUCGAAGGCCUUUGUCGGGAACCUCUACGUGUCCAGCCUCUACAAGGAGCUGGGCUGUUUUCUGUUCGGCUGUUGCAUCGGUCAGUCGCUGACCAACAUGGCCAAGCUCAGCGUGGGUCGACUACGGCCGCACUUCCUGUCUGUAUGCGGCGUCACGUACGCCUCACUAAACUGCACGCCAGGAACUUACGUGGCUAAUGUACACUGCCGUGAAUCAGACCGCCAUCUGGUGGAGGAGGCUCGGAAGUCCUUCUUCUCUGGCCACGCCUCUUUCGCAAUGUACACGAUGCUCUAUUUAGCGUUUUACCUGCAGGCCCGGCUAACAUGGCGUGGCGCUCGGAUGCUGCGGCCUUUGCUGCAGUUUUUUCUGGUUCUGCUGGCAGUCUACACCGGCCUGACCCGGAUAUCAGACUACCGACACCAUCCGUCCGAUGUGGUGACUGGCUACAUACAAGGCGCGCUCACUGCUUACUGGGUGGCGUUCCACAUCUCCUCCAUGUUUAAAAGCUCCAGGUCGCGCCACUCCCCUCCUCAGCUGCACGACCCCCCGCACGCCGUCUGUUGAAGUGGCACCACCUGUGAAGACCACUGAUGAGAAGAAUGUGGUAGCAUUUCCUGUGAAGUCAAACCAGAUACCUCGCGCUGAGCUGAUUUCCACUGUUGAGAAAAUCAGUUCGACCUGACACGCAACCACUUGUGAAUACACGGAAGGCGUAACGCUCCCAUGAUGAAUGCACUUUCUCACUUUCUCGUGUCCGUUAACGUCAUUGUCGAUUUGAAAAUGGUGUACAUAUUUGUCAAGUCUUUCUUACACAAUCCACUGAAUGUGAUGGUUAACUUUUCUUCAUGUUAAACCUUUUCUACUGUCGCUUUUACAAGUUCUCCAAUAAGCCUUUGAUCUGAAAACCUCAGGCGUGAGGUUUAAACAUCCAGUGAUAAUCUGGUCAGCACAUAGUGAAACAUGACUUGAUAUAGUUCUCUUCUAUCCUUUUGUUUUGAGUCUUCCACAGCGAUGACCUGGACAGGUCUCCAGUCCGUCAACCAGAUACACACACUCUCACGCCUCCAGACAUUUUACAGCCAUCGAACCCUUUUUAUUGACUAUGGGCCGUGUGCCCACUUAGAGAAACUGAAACUCCCAGCUGCAAUACCUGUUUAACUUCGAGUGCAACAAAUACUAAUCUAGAAUUGAGAUGCACUGCGUUGCCCAGAAAUCCUGUUCUGUGGUUGGUCUUUGUUGUAGAGUUUGCACAAAAUACACCAAUAAAUAUGUUUUUAUCAAAUGUUUGUGCUGUGUUGUCUUUAUCGCGGCAUUUGUCAUCGCUGGUAGCCAUUCUUCUGAUGAUGAUCCGUGUCUUCUCUCGUGUUUUUAUUUUGUUGU